ACACCUUACAGCGUCUUCUUCCGGUGAAGAUUGGAGUCGAAAAGGUCCUUAACCGGUUGAUUUGUUGUGGCACCAGCACCUUGUUCUGUCCUUCAGCAGGAAAAUGUACUAUAAGUUCAGCGGUUUCACCCAGAAAUUGACGGGUGCUGCUCCCACGGUGGCCUACAACCCUCAGGGGUUGAAGCAAAGCCUGCCUGCAGAGUCUCCCACUAUGAUCUUCGCCACACCCACCAAGAUGGUCUCAGAAGCAGGGUCCACUGUGGAGUAUUUGGGAACAAACAAAGUUCCUGACCUCCAGAAAUUUUUCCAGAAAUCGGACGGUGUCCCUGUCCAUCUAAAGCGCGGAUAUCCAGACCGACUACUGUACCGCACCACCAUGGCUCUCACGGUCGGAGGCGUCGUCUACUGCCUGGUGGCUCUCUACAUCGCAGCUCAGCCCACAAAGAAGUGACAAAUACAAACUGAGGAUCUUGUGUUACACCACUGACUUGUUGCUGCUGCUGCAAUCACCGGGUCUCACUUUACCAAACCCUCUUUGGCCCUUUUAAAUGAGAAACCUCCCCUCUCUACUUUGGAUUUUGAAGGACAGGAAGAUCUUUACGACCCUCUGGCGUAAUUACUGUCACACUAACCAAAAUUAAAUGAAUAUCAUUAUUAUUAUUAUUAUUAUGACUUUGUUUUUUGUUUUUCAAAUAAUUCAGUUUUAAAGUUGGUAUCAUUACUACUCACCACAUAUGAAAAAGAAAAAGUUUAAUAAAUGUUUUUUAGCCUCAUCAAUAUCAGGACACAAAGCCAAUAAUGACCAUUAUGUUUGUGUUCUUUGAGAAAGAUGUCUAAGUUAAUAAAUCCUAGAAAGAAAA